GGCGAGGAGCCGAGCGGCGGUCGGUCGGCGAAACGCGCGUUAGGGGCCGAGGGCGCCUGCCGCUUCCCCGCCGCCGCUCCGGAGCCCGCGGAUUGCUGCCGAGCCCGGGUAUUUCGCUGCCUGUUGCAAGCCCCCUCCACCCCUCCCCGCCGCUCCCUGCGCCGCCGCCGCCCCCUGUUUACUUUCCCGGCGCCGCGCGGGGCGGCGUCGCCCCCGUCCCCGGGGGUGAGGUCGCUAUCACAACUCCGGCCACCCCUCCUCCUUCCUCCGCCGCCUGGGAGAAGCGCUGCAGCAGCUGCAGCUUCGCCCCUGGCCCCCGGCGGGAGGAGUUUCCUGCUCGCAAACUCCGGCAGCCGCCGCCGCGGGGGGAGCGCCGGGGAGGGAGCAGCUCCCACCCGAGGCGGCCGGAUCCCGCCGCCUCCUCCCGCCGUGCCAGGGUGAUGGCUCUGAGGUAAAAGGGAGGAGGGGUGAGGCAAGCCAUGUUUAAAACAAACUACACCCUUCUCCUCGCCUCCCGCCGCAGACCCUCUCCAGAGGGUGCUGAAGGCAAGGAUGCAGCAAAAGUAACUAAACAAGAGCCCACAAGACGAUCAGCAAGAUUGUCAGCUAAACCUGCUCCACCAAAACCUGAACCCAAACCAAGGAAAACCACGAAGGAACCUGGAGCAAAGGCCAACAAAGGUGCUAAAGGGAAGAAGGAUGAAAAACAAGAAGCUGCAAAGGAAGGCUCAGAAAACUGAAUCUGUAGGUGACAAGAAUGAAUGAAAUAUCAUGAAAAUUUUGGGUUGAUUUUAUGUACCUCUUGGGCAACUUUUAAAAGAUAUUUUUAUCAAGUAUUUUGUAAAUGCUAAUUUUUUUAGGACUAUGAUAGUUGACAUAUUAAACUGUAUAUGAACAUUUCCCUUCUCAUAACAGUGCUUUUAGAAAUUCCCAUUGUUGCCAAGUAAUAUAAAUAUGAACUUAAUAUUGCAAGGUAUGUGUAAAAUUGGAUCAGCAUUCCAUACACUUGCUUUAAGAAAUUAAGUCUUGUGCAUAUGGUGAUGUUUUUACUGUGCGUAUUUGAAUUUUUCAUGCAGUUUUUCUAGAGCAAUAAUCAGUGGUGCUUUUGUACUUAGGGUUUAUGUGAUUUUAAUGAAACAUGGAUAGAUGUGGCCACCUGCUGACUAUUUUGGGUUCUUUUAAUGGAUUAAAAUAAAAGGUCUCCUUGCCUGCAAAACUACAGCCUCCUAAUAUUUUCUCUAAAUCUGAGGAAUGCUUUACUCGUAUUUUCAACUGUUACAAGGAAGACUAAAUGAUUUGCAUGCAGUCUCUUUGCUUUUCUGUUGGUGUCUGAUUAAAAAUACCCAUACAGGAGUAGCAGGCUGGGAUUUUCAGUGGUCCACAACUUAAGGGACUUAGAAAUACAUUCUUCAGAUAGACUCUCACGGGGUGAGUAGAGUUGCCAUACUCUAUCAGGAUCUUGCGUCUGUAAUCAGCUAUCAGUAUGGAAUUAAUUGCUUGAUUGGUAGAGACAUGCAGUAACCAUUAAAAGCAGCUUUGUUUUUUUCCCCCAUUCCUUUUUCUUUGACUAGAGAAGACUUGCAUUGUACUCCGUGGAAAGCUUGCUUUCUAUCUGCAGCCUCAAAUUUAAUAUAAAUAGUAAUUGCUGUUCUGCUUCAGCUGAGGACAGUUGUUAAUACAAUGAAAUAGCUGUUAAACAGCGCUAUAUAUUUGGUACCUGGUAGAAAUGGAACAAUGAAAGUUAUUUUUGAGGUAAUUGUGAUAUGGUGGAUUAGCUAAUGUUUUUUCUUUUUUAUUCCUUUUUUUUUUUUUUAAACAUCCAUGUUUCAACUCUACAGCUCAUUCUAAGCACCUUUUAUAAUUUUUCUCCUUCUCUUUUCUCUAGGGGCCCUGGUAUUUCUAUUGUUACUUCUGGGAUGGGAGGGAUGAGAGAAAAGAUGUUCCCUGUUCUUCAGUAACAUUGAUUUGUAUUACUCAAGUGGUGGCCAUUAUGGCUGAGGGUAUCUUUUGCUUGUUGAAGUCAAUUAAUAAAUGACUGUUGCCUGA